AUGGAGUUCAAGCCCAAGGCGACCGUGUGCGCGGUGAUGCUGGUGCUGCUCCUGCUUUCCUCCUACAGCGGCGGCGGUGGCAUCGGCGUGGCGGAGGCGCGCAUUUGCACGGGGAAGAGCCAGCACCACUCGUUCCCGUGCGUCUCGGACAAGAGCUGCACCAAGACGUGCCUCAGCGAGCACGGCGCAAAAUGGACGGCCGGCUACUGCAAAAUCAGGCGCUGCACCUGCCAGAGGGAGUGCUAG